AUGUUUGCCAUGAAAACUUGUCGCCGGUUAUGUUCGAUGGGAGCAUCGAUCAAUCAAAGGGCGGCCUUCCUGCACCAGAACGUUGUUGUCAAACCUAGCCCGAAGGCCCUUUUGGAACCAUCGGUGGCUCAUGGCCUCCGGUAUCGACUUGCCACCCCAGCAGACCGGGAGCUGCUCCGGGAUGGUUUGGAAAAGUACUUCUACCCGGAAGAUCCAGUCACAACUUCUCACUACUCCGGAAGUGCGGUUACGGCGGACGAUAUGGAAAGUGCCCUCGGAAUGAUCGACACCGGCCUCAUGAUCCUGGCCGUGGACGAAGAAACUGGACGGCUAGGAGGCUUCGCUGGAUCAACCAUUGUGACACCAGAUGAACCGGCCAAACUCCUCGAACUCGCAUCCCAAGUACAAACGAAAAAGUUUGCAGAUAUUCUUCGAUUGCUUGCCCAUCUUUCGGCUAAUACCAAGGUCUGUGAAAGAUUUGGAGUGGAUCAAGCCUAUCAUUUUUGUAUAACCAGUGUCAAUCCGGAGUUCCGUGGCAAGGCCAUAGGCGUUAUGUUGCAGAAGAAACACGUCCAGCUGGCACACGCUCAUGGAAUUCGGGUUUUCAGCGUCGAUUGUACCGGUCCAUUUUCGGCUCAGGGGUGUGAGCGCCUCGGAAUGAAAUGUGUCCACACUAUGAAGUACACCGAUUUUAAGGAUGAAACAGGCAAGGUGCUGUUCCAUGGCAAGGAAAACUUCACGGAACUGAAGUCGUACGUGAUGAAAGUUUGA